AUGGGCGGAGACACACCGGGGUACACAUACGACGAUAGCAUGCAAAUGGCGGAGGAAGCCGUCGACACUCUUCGAUUAUUGGCUAUUGCCACACUACAGGAAGGCAUGUACGGCUCGUACGACGCCAUUGUGGCUGAGAUGGGUCGGCGGGAACUGAUCUGUCGAGAACACAGCAUGGUGGAACAGGCCCAGAAUCUCGUACUUGUGCGCCAAAGUAUAGUGUUGGAAGCGAUAACGUACUACAAAAGUAUUAUGCAGAGCUCAAUGGCUUCAAAUGAAGGCCUCUUGCAUGUCAUACGCACGGCCUUCGAAGUGACGGUGUGGAUAUCGGACACCAAGCCGCUGGAGAUACCUGCCGACUCGACUAAGAGUGAUCGAGUGCUAUCGCGACGAGACGAGUCGGAAAUGCGCUACAAACGUAUCUGCCAAAACGUUCACUUUGUGUUCUCGGAAGCCGUCGAUGUUGCACUGUCGCUAACAAACGUGCAUAAUUUGUCCAAGAAAAUUAAGCAAACCGCCUACGAUCUCAUAGGGCAGAUGAUCGCCUCUCAGCUGUCGCCCAUGAGUGACUUUGCUACGCGCGAGUAUGCGCUGGUGGUCAUCAGCGAGAGCGUCACGGGACGUCUGCGCGAUGUUCUGCGUACCACCGGAGAGGUGAACAGCUGUAUCGUGUACCAUGUACAGGACUUCCUGCACACCCACGCACGCCUACAUAGCGCCGAUACACACAAGCGAGGUGUGCCGUUGGACUCGAGUGGCGGCCUGAGGCAGAGCACUGGGGAGGAUCAUGGGAGGAGUGGGGGCAUGGGUGCGAAUAUGCGGAUGAACACAGAGACUGUGUCCGAUUGGGAUUGGAACGCCUCUAUUGGCAGUGGCAGUGCCUCCGCCAACAAGUACUAUGACCCCAGAGAGUGUGACGAGGAGGUGGAGCACGAACAGCCAGCUGAAUUCGAUCAGAUAUUCGCACAGACACGUACAGGCACACAGGCACAGGCACGGACUCGGAUACAGUUACAGCCACCUGUGCAGAACGAGAGAGAGUGUCGCCUGUGCAAGCUCGGCACUGAUGUCCUGUAUAGUCUACUAUCUAG